AUGGACUCAACUAGCCCAGCUCUCAGCUUUCGUGCGUUUGUCGAUGCCCUCAGGGAAGACGACGACCUCGUUGAGAUCGAUGCUCCUGUUGACCCAAACCUCGAGGCUGCCGCCAUCACCCGUCUUGUCUGUGAGACCGAUAAUAAGGCUCCGCUCUUCAACAACCUCGUGGGCGCCCAGAAUGGCUUCUUCAGGAUUCUUGGGGCACAAGCCUCGCUACGCAAGUCGCCCAAAUACCGGUUCUCUCGUCUUGCUCGUCAUUUAGCCCUACCGCCUGACGCAACUAUGCGCGACAUCAUGCAAAAGCUACAGCAAGCAGCACAUCUCCAGGCCAUCCCGCCCACCAUUGUCUCUACUGGCAGUUGCAAGGAAAACAGCAUUGAGGGCGAUGACAUCGACUUGGACAGCUUACCAUCGCCGAUGCUCCAUCAGUCAGAUGGUGGCAAAUACCUGCAAACUAUGGGCAUGCACAUCGUGCGGUCUCCGGAUGGCACGUGGACAAACUGGUCUAUUGCUCGGGCUAUGGUCUGUGGCAAGCGUGACCUGACAGGGAUAGUGGCUGGGAUUCAGCAUAUCGGGAAGAUCUGGGCACAAUGGAAGGAGAGAGGCGAAGACGUGCCAUGGGCUUGCGCCUUUGGCGUACCCCCCGCCGCCACCUUGGCCUCGUCUAUGCCUCUUCCCGACGGACUGAGUGAGGCCGACUUUGUUGGUGCGUUGACAGGAUCGUCAAUGCCGCUUGUAAAGUGCGACACCAACGACUUAUAUGUCCCGGCCGACUCUGAGAUCGUUCUGGAGGGUACAAUCUCUACCACCGAGACCAGACCCGAAGGCCCCUUCGGUGAGAUGCACGGAUACGUCUUUCCGGGAGAUAGACACGAGUGGCCCAAGUUCACGGUCAACAAAAUCACCUACCGUGAUGAUGCCAUCUUGCCGAUCUCUGCAUGUGGUAGACUGACUGACGAGACUCAAACCAUGAUCGGUCCCCUGGCGUCCGCAGAGGUCCUGAAGCUGUGUCAAGAAGCCGGCUUGCCCAUCACUGCUGCAUUUGCUCCCUUCGCAGGUCAGGGCAUUUGGAUUACUCUUCAGGUCGACACAGCUGAGCUGCAAUCGAUGAACACCAGCCCGAAAGCUUUCAUGAAAACUGUCGGCGAUUUGGUCUUUCAUCACAAAACCGGCUUCUUUUUCCACCGCCUGAUUUUGGUCGGGCCUGACAUUGACAUAUAUAACGACAAGGAUAUUUUGUGGGCGUAUUCCACGCGGUGUCGCCCAGGUAUGGAUGAACUUUUAUAUGAUGAUGUCCCGGGAUUUUUCUUGAUUCCGUUCAUGGGGCGUGGUCAUGGACCACACCACGAAGGAGGAAAGGUUGUAUGUUCUGCAUUAUUGCCAUCGGAGUACACGAGCGGGCAGGACUGGGAGGCUGCUGAUUUUGAACACUCAUACCCCAAGUCGGUAAAAGAAAGGGUGCUUAAAAAUUGGGAUCAGAUGGGAUUUGACAAGCUGAACUAA